ACGAAAAAUAAAUAAAUAAAUGCACUCGAUCUGCCUUCCCCUUUCAUGAUUCAUGCUGCGAAAACCCACUGCAGCCGUAAUUCAAUUGAAUGACCGGGAAAACGGUGGUGAAAACUCGAGAUGCAUUCGUACAGUGUACCGGUGGUGAAGCACGACAUUUGUCACGAGGAAAUGGUCCUCGAGACAAUUAACGCCUUCGAGUACCUGGACCUGGUGGUGCGGGAUGUGUUUGGAAAGAUCCAUGCACGGAUCGUGCGAAACAAACAACGUCUGCAGGCGCUCGAUGCACGCGUCGACACGGUAAACAGCAAAGUGCGCCAACUGCACGAAACCAAGCAAGCGAUCAUCAUUUACUCACCCAGCCGCUAUCCGGCAAGCGAUAUGGAAUCGACGAUCAGUCCAACGAUCUCGGCCACCGAUAGCCUUAAACCCGUCCUGCGUUGGGAUCCUUCCUUCGUUGAAAUCCGCCCCAAACCGUACCUACCGUCCCACUCGUUGCAGGAAAAGAUCCAAUUCUAUCACGUUAAGUCGCCGCGCGAAAAUGAACGCAUUUUUCCGUUCGAUUCGUCGGCAACGAACAAACGGGUCGGAAGCCUGUGCGGACGCGAGACGGGACCGUUCCUCGACACGCUGCUUCUGUUCAAUGAGGCUGCGUACGUACAGGACUACAAGGGGCAAGAUUGGAAACGAUCGUUACGCAAGACUUCCACGCACGGUGGAGCGAUACGGGAGGAACGGGUACUCUCCUCAUCGUCCCCAAUCAUUCGGCACCGUGCGAAGAAGAAGAGCCAGGACAUUUUCUACACGCCUUCGCUGAGCGAUGCACCGAAGCUGGACGUUCCGAUCGAUUUGCCCGAUCUGCCGGGUAUCGUGAGCAACAUAAACUACGUCGGAAACAGUACGCUGAUUGCUCCAUCGCUUCAGCUGGCCGGCAUUAUCGAACAGUUGCCCUCGCUUGAGGAUCUCACCAGUGCCAUCGAUGUGGCGGACCAUUCCAAAGAAAAGCCGGUCGGCAAUAGCUCAGUGGUGCCACCGUUGCCAGCAGCUGCAUCUCGUGAUAACGCGCAUGAACCGAUCCCACCACCACAGGCACCCGUGGCCACUCUUCCUCCACCACCUCCGCCGCCACCGCCUCCUCCACCACCACCACCACCAGCUCCAGCACCUGCCAAUACCACCACGGACGAACACAAACUCGAACAGGAAACUAAAUCCGGCGCGAAACAAAAAGGUGCACCAUCGACCGGAGGCGAUGCUCAUUUUAAUCUGAUGGAAGCGAUCCGACGUGCCGGUGGGGCUGGGAAAGCGAACCUUCGGCAGAGUAGUGAAGCUGCCGGACAGCGUAACGCCGCCACCACGACGGCCGGUCGCGGCGAAUCGUCGGAACCGAAGAGCCUUAUCGAUGAUCUGCACAACAAGCUGCAGAUGCGCCGCAAGGGUAUCUCGGGCACUCGCGAGCAGCAGGAACCGGGCAACGUGAUCGACCGGCUGUCCGCGUUGAUUCCGCCACCGGUACCGAAGCUUGCCGCCACGGACGCAUCGGCCAGCGAGAGCAACGAGGAAGACUGGGAAGAGUAGGCGAAAGUGUCCCCUUUUGUCGGGUUUAUUAUUACUCUAUAUUGUUAAUAAAAUGAAAAAUCUCCAUAUUAUUAUUCCAUCAA